AAGUUGGCCUCACGCAAUUUUUAGCUUACUUGAAGUUGGCUGCGCGCAGUUUUCGAUUCGCACUAAGUUGGCUGCUAACAAUUUUCCAACUAGAGUGCAGAUACAAGUCGCAAUCGUUUAAUUCUUAUUGAUUAUAAUAGUGUUUGCAUUGGUCGCAUUCAAUUUUUUACUAACUUGCGAAGAUUUCAAUGAUAAGCCCAUUAAAAUUCACUGCGCCGAAAAAGCCCACAAUCAAUUCACAGAAAUUUCAACUGGGGUCUGCCAUAUUUUUUGGCAACACGCACGUCAGAAUCAAAGUCAGACUGCGCGCCGGCCUAUCCAAAGACUCAACGCUGGAAGACUCAACAAUCAUCACAGCAGCAACAACAACAACAAUAACACUAAUAACAGCAACAGCAAUCACAAGAUGAGCAAGGCAGAUCCAAUAUCUCUCAGCUUUCACGACUCCUGUCUGCGCAUGUCCGAUGUCCAACUGCUGCAUGGACCGCGUUGGCUAAACGAUCAGAUCUUAAGCUUCUACUAUGAGUAUCUGUCGCAUGUCAAGUACAAGAACAACAAUGACUUGUACUUUAUAGCGCCCGAGGUGACGCAGUGCAUGAAAUAUAUGGAUGAUUCUGAGCUGGAGAUGCUCUUCGAGGAGCACGAUGCACUGAAUAAGCCAUUCAUAUUUUUUGCACUGAAUGACAAUGGCAGCACCGAGGCAGGCGGCACCCAUUGGUCGCUGUUGGUGUUCUCACGACCAGAGAAAACGUUUUUUCACUUUGACUCGUAUGGCAACAAUAAUACGGGCCCCUCCAUGGAGCUGAUGGCUAAAGUGAAGGAACUGCUGGGCGUGCGGCAGGCAAAGUUUCGUCCGAUGCGUUGCCUGCAGCAGGCGAAUGGCUACGACUGUGGCAUCCACGUCAUCUGCAUGACCGAUCAUAUAGCUGACUAUGUGAAUCGCUAUGAGGUGAUUGAGGGUCUGGCCACGUUGCACAUCGAUACGGUGAAGGCCAAGCGAGCUGAACUGCUUAAGCUGAUCCUUUCGCUGGGCGGCAAGGACUGAAAACAGUUGAAUGCUUUCUUUGUUACAUCUUGUAGCCUUAAGUGACCUUACAUAAAAACGUUACUAACUGUAUAACGCACUGUGAAUACGAUUCCACGUAUACGCUUAAAUUUAUAAGACAUAGAGAGAGAGAGGGGAGGAGGUAGUUUAUGGGGUGCUUGCUUCAGCCGUUGAACGCAAGCUGAUCUUCCACGUGAAUGCGAUAUUUAUAUUAAUAAUUGUAAUUUGUUUAAUUUAAUGUUUACUCUUGCCCAGUGCUAGGCACCACAACAAAAACAGAAACAAAAGCAAAAACAAACGAAAAGAAGAGACAACAUCCAACACGAGCACAUUUGAAAGAAGUGCGACUCAUGUAUUUUUCAGUUGGCUUACGGAAUAAAUAUUUGUU